UAGAGUACGUUCGGUCGUGACAUAACGUGUGCAUCUUUGGCCUUAUAGUUGCGUCAACUUAAAGUAAAAAUACCAUUUACAAGAAUUGUUCUCGCGAAUUUAUCUCUAUAUUUUGAUAACCAUGUUUGGUUUGAUUGCAAGGAAUUCUUCACGCAGAAUUUGUCAAUCGUUUGCGUCGCUGAGCCGCUACAACAGCACGCUGGUGAUCGUUGAGCACAACAAUGAAUCGGUCACGCCCAUCACCCUGAAUACACUGACCGCUGCCUCCAAGAUUGGAGGGGAGGUGUCGUGCCUGGUCGCUGGAACAGGUUGUGGCAAGGUUGUUGAGGAGUUGUCCAAAGUUUCAGGCAUCGCCAAGAUCAUGGUCGCAGACAACGAGGCUUACAAAGGUUUCCUUCCGGAAGCUCUCACGCCACUGCUGGUUGCCACCCAGAAACAGUUCAGCUUCACCCACAUUGCCUCAGGAGCGACAGCGUUUGGCAAGAAUUUGAUUCCGAGGCUUGCAGCAAAGCUGGAUGUGUCGCCGAUUUCUGACAUCAUCGGAAUCGAAGGACCCGACACAUUCGUCAGAACCAUCUACGCAGGUAAUGCAGUAUCGACCAUCCGUAGCUUGGACCCAGUCAAGGUAUUCAGCGUAAGGGGGACAGCAUUUGAGGCAGCCGAGGUCGGAGAGGGUGCCGCCGCCUCAGAACAAGCUCCGGACCCGGGCUCCACCAACGAUCUGUCCGAGUGGGAAAGCCAAGCCCUGAGCAAGAGUGACCGGCCAGAAUUGACCAGUGCCGACAACGUUAUCUCAGGAGGACGCGGCAUGAAAAGCGGCGACAACUUUGAGCUCCUCUACAAACUGGCCGACAAGAUGAACGCCGCCGUCGGGGCGUCCAGAGCGGCGGUGGACGCUGGCUUCGUGCCCAACGACAUGCAGGUCGGACAGACUGGAAAGAUAGUGGCUCCGCAACUGUACGUAGCUGUGGGCAUCUCUGGCGCUAUCCAGCAUCUGGCCGGUAUGAAAGACAGCAAAGUCAUCGUUGCCAUCAACAAGGAUCCCGAGGCACCCAUCUUCCAAGUGGCCGACUAUGGACUGGUAGCAGAUCUCUUUAAGGCUGUCCCCGAAAUGACAGAAAUUCUUGAGAAAAAGUGAGCAUUUGUCGAGGACGGCGUCAAAGUCGAAGGAACUGGUCUUCAAUUCAGGGAUGUUUUUAAUUCCCCGCAAAAUAUACGUCACCCUGUCAAUCUCCUUCAAAGUAUCAGUCAUAGUUUUUCUGAAUCGUACCGGAAUGGAACAGGAUUUCACAGCUGGUGUUUAUCUUUCAACAGAGAAUGCAUGCUUGGAGAGAGGGCAAUUGUCAAUUAAUUCCGUUUGAAAAAUCAAAAUAAACUGAUUUAGUUUGGUAAAGGAAUGGAGACCAUGCAUAUGAAAAGAAUUUAAUUUGUUUACGGUUGAAGCUUAAGUUAUUGUGCAGGGGCCAGUUAAAAAUUCCAAAGCGUGAAGGGAUACGAGACAAAAAUGUCUAGUUAACGUCUCGAAAUGAUUAGGUGUGAUGGCAUUUUAAAGUUUCGAAGUUGGAACAGUUUGGACAAUAGGAAUGGAUUAAAAUCAGCAAAAUGCUGAGAUGUCAGCUUUCCACCUGCCAAAGGGUCACAUGCUCCAUCACAUGCAAAUAUCAUACUCUUCUGCGUUGAAAGUAUUUGUAAUACGCAUGAGUAGUAUGACUGUACUUUGACCGUCCGCCUUGAGCAGAAGCACCCCCUCAUCAGUUGAAAAGAGUCAUGUUGGUGGGGAGUGUUCACUUUGCUGUACUGUGACGAAAGUAAUGCAUGCGUUUUGUAGUUGUUUGUGAACCAGCAAAGUGCAGUUCCUACCAAAGGAGCCCCCAUUUCUUGGAAAAUAGCACCCUCUCUUGGUCAGGUCGGGGCUCAUUACCGCUUGGAAGUAGGACUAGUUACCUGCACAGACUCUUUUGAUUUGCUUGAUGAGCAGGUCCACCUUUGAAAAAAUACGACUACCGAGAAAGUAUCCAAUAUUCAAGCUUCAUUUCACCAUCUGCAAUAAAGAAACGAGUGGCCAGUUUGAAAGAACUUCCCACUUUAUUGUCCUUACAUGACUCCAACAGAGAUGUUCAUAAAUAUAAGAAAAUCAGCAACGAUCUAUGUUAAAAAUUCACCGGAGCCCGUUUAACAAAUUGCGGUUUUGUCCUGAUAAACUGCGCAUGCCGUAAGCUUGCUGGAGCAAAUGACAGCACUUUCGCUGCACCCCACGUAAACAAACUUGCCUCAGUUCUGCGAUGUUUCUCGUUGAGGCCUGGAGAUUGUUAGCAGAUGCAAAGCUUUCAUUCAUCAAAAAAUCGGAGAGAAAUGCCGAGUUCUUUCAAGCGUUAGCUGGUCCUUGCGUGCCAAUCAUCAUGACAGUCCUGCAUCCAGCGACUGGAUUCAGAAUGCUUAAGUCUCUUGUAUCCCUGCUUGUGACGAGACUUUUCAUUCAAAGUUUUAAAAAUUCUUUCCUAUCUGUUCUGCGAAAGUAUGUGAUUUGACCGUAUCUGAGCAUACAUAGGAGAAAAUCAACAAUGAAUAUUGAACAAUCAUUCGUUAGUUUGACAUUGACAAAUGGAUGAAAAAAGGAAUAGUUGAAUAAAGAUUUUAAAAGAAA